UUCUUUGUUUCCCUUCCAGGAGCAACAGGAAAUGGCCGGGAUGAGCAUCGUGGGCCCAAACUUCCUUAGUGCGUCGCAUCGCUGAUUCUUAGGAGAGGCCCCCAAAAGAAGACUGCUCCCCCCCAACCCCCCUUUGGCAAUGGCUGGAUCUACGCAACCGGCAACUCAGACCUGGCGAGGGGCCGAAAGCCACUACCCCUCCCAUGCCAUGUCCUACCCUGUGGUGUUAAAUCAGCCCCAUGUGGAUGUGAGUCUCUUGGAAUAUCAGCACCAUCCCAGAGAAUACACUUCCCACCUGCCCCCAGGAUCUCUCUUACACCCGCAACGACGCAGGCCCUCCUUGUUAUCCGAAUUUCAGCCAGGAAAUGAAAGAUCCCAGGAGACGCACGCUCGGGCCGAGUCCCAUUCCUAUCUCUCGGAUCUGAGCAAACCGUCGGAAAUCGAAUUCAUUGAGACCAAGCGGCCUCGGAUGGAGCUGUUACAGGAGCCGCUGCGGAGGCCUCCGACUCUGCUCAGCCAGGCGGGAACAGACGGUUUCUCCAGGGAUCGAGGCAUCACCGGGAAACUGGAGCCCGUUUCUCCCAUCACCUCGGCCCAUUCAGAUUUGGAAUUGGAUCUCCUCCCAACCCGGCUCUCGAAGGAGGAGCUGAUCCAGAACAUGGACCGUGUGGACCGAGAGAUGACCAUGGUGGAACAGCAGAUCUCCAAGUUGAAAAAAAAGCAGCAACAGCUGGAGGAAGAAGCGGCCAAACCGCUGGAGCCCGAGAAGUCCAUCUCUCCACCACCCCUGGAGUCGAAGCACCGCAGUCUGGUCCAGAUCAUCUACGACGAGAAUCGGAAAAAGGCAGAAGCUGCUCACCGGAUCCUGGAAGGGCUGGGACCCCAGGUGGAGUUGCCACUGUACAACCAGCCUUCGGACACGAGGCAAUACCAUGAAAACAUUAAAAUAAACCAAGCAAUGCGGAAGAAGCUGAUUUUAUACUUCAAGAGGAGAAAUCAUGCUCGUAAACAGUGGGAGCAGAAGUUCUGCCAGCGGUAUGACCAGCUGAUGGAAGCUUGGGAGAAGAAGGUGGAACGCAUCGAAAAUAACCCCCGGCGUCGAGCUAAAGAGAGCAGAGUCCGCGAAUAUUAUGAGAAGCAGUUCCCUGAGAUCAGAAAGCAGAGAGAACUUCAGGAACGAAUGCAAAGGGGAGGGCAAAGAGGCAGCGGAUUCUCCAUGUCGGCGGCACGCAGCGAACAUGAGGUGUCGGAAAUUAUCGACGGGCUCUCGGAACAAGAGAAUCUGGAGAAACAGAUGCGCCAGCUGGCCGUCAUUCCACCGAUGCUGUACGACGCGGAGCAGCAGCGCAUCAAGUUUAUCAACAUGAACGGGCUGAUGGACGACCCCAUGAAGGUCUACAAGGACCGGCAGGUGAUGAAUAUGUGGAGUGAGCAGGAGAAGGAGACCUUCCGAGAGAAGUUCAUGCAACAUCCAAAGAAUUUUGGUCUUAUCGCCUCCUUCCUGGACAGGAAAACAGUUGCGGAUUGUGUCCUCUACUACUAUUUGACCAAGAAGAACGAGAACUACAAGAACUUGGUGAGAAGGAAUUACCGCCGGCGAGGAAAGAACCAGCAACAGCAGCAGCAGCAGCACCAACAACAACAGAUGCCCCGGAAUAAUCAAGAAGAGAAAGAGGAAAAAGAGAAAGAUGCAGAGAAGGAAGAGGAGAAGCCAGAAUCUGAAAACGACAAAGAGGAACUGACAAAGGAGAAGAAUGAGGAUACAUCUGGCGAGGACAACGACGAGAAGGAAGCCGUCACCUCCAAAGGGCGCAAGACGGCCAAUAGCCAGGGCUGGCGGAAAGGGCGCAUCACUCGAUCGAUGGCCAACGAGGCCAACCAUGAGGAAGUGGCGGUGCCCCAGCAGAAUUCUGAGCUAGCUUCUCUGGAGAUGAACGAAAGUUCUCGCUGGACUGAGGAGGAGAUGGAAACGGCCAAGAAAGGUCUCCUUGAACAUGGACGCAACUGGUCCGCCAUUGCCCGCAUGGUGGGGUCGAAGAGCGUCUCGCAGUGCAAAAACUUCUACUUCAACUACAAGAAAAGGCAAAACCUGGAUGAGAUCCUGCAGCAGCACAAAUUGAAAAUGGAGAGAGAAAGGAACUCUCGGAGAAAGAAGAAAAAGAGCUCUGCGAUCCAAAACGAGGAGAGAGCUUUCCCCCCGGUGACCGAGGACGAAGAGAUGGGCCAGGACGGGUCGGGCACCAGCGGCAACGAGGAAGAGAUGGCCGAGGAGGUCGAAGCAGAAGUUGCCGUUAAUAACAGCUCCGACACAGACAGCCUGCCUUCUCCGAGGCUCGAUCCCCCAAAGCCUCCAGAAAACGAGUCCAAACUGAAUCCCGAGGCCGAAGAAGAGAGGAUGACGACGGUCAACACGGAGAAAGCUCCGAUGUCCCCGGAAGACAAGGCCGUCGACGUUGCUGGUCAGACGGCGCCGGGCGGGAGCGAGCCUGGCCUGGCGGGGAGCGAGAAGCCGCAGGAGGAACCGACAGUUGAUACGAUCAAACCAGAAGAUGGAGAAGGAAACCCGAAGGACACCGAACCGGAUGGGGCGGAGAUCAAAAUGGAGGAGGAAGCGGCAGAUCUCCCGGAAGACAACAAGGCCGACGAGCAGAAGGGCGAGACUGGUCAAGGGGUGGCGGCAGAAACCGAGGAGGCCCCCAAGAAGGAGGAGGGGGGCCCCAAAGCCAGUAAAACUGGAAGUGCCGCCUCUGAUAGCGACUCCAGCGCCACUUGCAGCGCCGACGAGAUAGACGAGCAGGACCCGGCGGAGAAAACCAAGUUGCCGGCUGCCCGCUUAAGCCUCCUUGGUACCCCCAACGAUGCCCGGCUGACCUCCUCACCUCAGAAGCCUCUGGACCUGAAGCAGCUGAAGCAGAGGGCAGCUGCCAUCCCUCCCAUUGUGAAAAAAACGGUGCUUUUCACGCCGCUUCCGGAUAGACAGAAGCAAGCGGGAGAACCCGCCACCCCAACCUGUUGGCCCCCGGUCCUCCCUUACCAAGGUGCCUCGAGGGACGUGAUCCGCACCUCCCCACACACCGAGUCUCACACAUUUCAAUAUAACCCCUCCGCAGCUCAUCCCAUCUCCUUGAAUGCUCACGAAAGUUCUCGGACUGGCCCACCACGGUUGUCAGCCAUCUCCAAUCCGCCUCCUCUGAUCUCCAACAAGCACCCCUCUGUUCUUGAAAGAACACCUGGUUGUAUCUCUCAGGGGAUUCCUCUACAGCUCCAUGGUCCCUUCAGCUCAGAGCAUGCGAAAGUCUCCAUCGGUUCUGUAGCUCUGCCUUUGACGAUGGAUCCCAAGAAGUUGGUGCCGUUUCCUGGAGUGAAGCAAGAGCAACUUUCUCCUCGGAGUCAAACUUGUCAGCCUGAAAGUUUGGUUGUGCAGACCUCGCAGGAGAGCUCUGUUCUUCGAGGUACCUCCUUGUCGGGUGGAAGCAUCAUUAAAGGGAUUCCCAGCACAAGGCCACCUUCAGAAUCUACCAUCACAUAUCGGGGGUCCAUCACACAUGGCACCCCAGCUGAAGUGCUGUACAAAGGAACCAUUACUAAGGUAAUUGGAGAAGACAGCCCCAGCCGAGCGGAGAAGGCGAGGGAGGAGGCCUUGCCCAAGGGACACGUCAUUUACGAGGGGAAGAAAGGCCACAUCCUGACUUACGAUGGUGGGGUUGCUAACCAGGUCCCUAAAGAGAACAGCAGGAGCAACGCGGCGAUACAGGAGAUGACAGGCACCAAGAGAACGUAUGACAUGAUGGAAGGGAGAACGUCCAGGCUGAUCUCCUCGGCUAAUAUAGAAGGUUUAAUGGGACGAGCCAUUCCCCCCGAGAGGCACAGUCCGCUCAACUUAAAGGAUCCACAUCAUAUCCGAGGUUCCAUCACACAAGGAAUUCCUAGGUCCUACGUAGAAUCUCCAGAGGACUAUCCCCGAAGGGAAGCAAAGCAACCCAAGAGGGAGAACACACCACCAAGGGAUUUAACAGACGCCUAUAAGGUCAGGAGCCACGAGUCCCUCACUCCGUUGAAGCUGAAAGCGGUCCACGAAGGGCUGGUCACCACGGUGAAGGAAGCCGGGCGAUCGAUUCAUGAGAUUCCGAAGGAGGAUCUUUGUCGCGCUCCCGAUCUCUCUCUGAUGUCCCGGCCCAUUAAGGAAGGAUCGAUUACCCAGGGUACUCCACUGAAAUACGACACAAACACAUCCACAAAUGCCAAAAAGCACGAUGUCCGGUCUAUUAUUGGCAGCCCGGGCAGGAAUUUUCACCCCAUGCUCCCCAUGGAGGCCAUGCAGGACCCAAGGACGCUGGAAAGAGCGUACGAGGACAAUUUGAAAAGCAGCAGGCCCAGCCCUGUGACGAACUCUGGCGGCUCCAUCACGCGGGGAGCGCCCAUGAUUAUGCCUGAGCCAGGGAAGCCUCGCCAUAGCCCCCUUGCCUACGAAGACCACCAGGCGGCCCACGGGGCAGCUUUUGGAGGACACCUGCACCGAGGGUCCCCCGUCUCCACGAGAGAGGCUGCACCCAAGCAACUGGAAGGAAGCAUCACUGCUGGAAAACCCAUGUCUCAAGACAGGAAGGUCACAACCAGCUCCAGAGACAUCACUAGCUCCAAAUCUCCUCAUACCCCGCUUCCAGAACACCAUCACCAGAUGUUUGAGCACCUGAUCCGCGGGACAGGUGGCAUGGAUCUAUACAGAGGGCACAUUCCACUGACCUUUGACCCUGCUGCCAUUCCCCGAGGGAUUCCCUUGGAAGCAGCUGCCUACUACUUACCAAGGCACCUUGCUCCUGGUCCUACGUACUCCCAUCUCUACCCACCCUACCUCAUCCGUGGUUACCCAGACACCGCCGCCAUGGAGAACAGACAGACCAUCAUCAACGACUACAUCACCUCCCAGCAGAUGCACCACAACGCUGCCACGGCUACCACCAUGGCUCAGAGAGUCGAUCUGCUUCGUGGCUUGUCUCCACGAGAACCUUCCCUGGCUCUCAACUACGCAGCAGGGAUAAUUGACCUGUCUCAAGUACCACACCUCCCUGUGCUCGUGCCUCCCACUCCAGGCACCUCUGCAGCCUCCAUGGACCGCAUCACUUACAUGCACGGCACCGCCCAGCCUUUCAGCAGUCGACACAGUAGCUCGCCGCUCUCACCAGGGACCCCUGCGCAUUUAGCCAAGGCGGGACCUCCGGUUUCCGAACGGGAGCAAGAACGGGACCGUGAAAAGGAACGCAAAAAAUCGGUGGUGACCAGCACAGCCACGGUGGAACACGCACCCAUCUGGAGACCGGGCACCGAGCACAGCAGUGGCCGUAUCUCUGCACACUCUCACAAGCACUCCCCGGUUUCCCCACGUGCCCAGGAGAACAUCCAACAGCGUCCCAGCGUGCUGCAUAACACCAACAUGAAGAUCGUCUCUCCGGAAGGUCUCGCUCCCUCCGUUUUACGAUCCUCUUCUUCCUCCUCCUCUUCCUCUUCAUCCAUCGCCACCACGUCCCCAGCCUGCUCCUCCGGCUUCUGUCCGGCAUCGGCGUUGCGCAGCUCCAUGAGUGGCGCGGACAACUAUGCCUCGGUGAUGGAGUCAGCUCAUGUGCAGAAGGAGGUCUCCUCCUCCUCCAGGACCCAGGACCUCAAAAGCGAACGGUCUCAGCCUGAGAUCAACCACCUGUUCCCCUCAAAGUUGUCUGUGGGGCCAAGCCUAGAACAGACCCCUUCGCCCGUAAAAGCUACGGAGUCCAAGACUUUGUCCUCUUCUGGGCCGGGGGCGAGCCACCCGUUUAGCAGAGGACAGGGGAAAAUCCAGCCUUCGCAUCACAGCCCCCUAGACUCAUCACUGCACGCCGUUUCGGCCCCCGAGCAGCCGAGUAGAGAAAAGAGUAAACCCUUUUCAGUGCAGGAACAGGAGCUGCGAGUACUGGGUAAGACUACCAUGACAGCGGCCAACUUCAUUGAUGUCAUUAUCACGCGCCAAAUUUCUUGCAAUAAGGGGAUGCCCGAAAGAAGUACAUUAAAUAACAGCACCAAUGGCGAUGUUUUCCGUGGGAACUACAGUCCUGAUGGCGUUGAAACCAUAAGCCCUGUGAAUUCCCCCUCCUCUGUCCUCCACGAGAAAGGGAUGAAGCUGGCUCAAGAUAAGGAGAAAGGGUCCCUCAAAUCGUCUGCGACAGAGUUCCCCCACAUGCAACAGCUCCACCAGAUCAGCGAGGGUCACCAGUCCCCCAGUCAGCCAUUGCAGGGACCCCCGAAUGCCAAAGGAAAUCAGCGCGUCGUCACUUUGGCCCAGCACAUCAACGAAGUCAUCACUCAAGACUACACACGCUAUAAUCCCCAGCAACACAAUCCCCACAUCCAGCCUCCCGUCUACUCCUACUCGGGGGCUGCUGGCCCUGUGCUGGAUCUCCGCCGAGCUCCUUCCGAAUCUUACCUCCAGCACCAACCAAUGGAACACGUUUCAUCGUCUAGAAUUUCCCCCGAAAAUGAAGCAGACCAAAGGUCCCCCGAGCAAAUCAAAAUUCCAUCUUCGGACAACUGCAUCGAGCCGAUUUCUCCUCCCGAGGGCAACGGAGAAGCCGAGCGUGUCCGAAACAGCACCUACCCCAUCCUGUACCGUGAGGGCGAGCAGCUGGAGCUGAGAGGCUGCACCCGAUCCCCGGGAAACAGCGUCCAGCCGCCGGCGUUCUUCAGCAAACUGACAGAGAGCAAUUCCGCCAUGGUGAAAUCCAAGAAGCAGGAAAUCAUCAAAAAACUCAGCACGAGCAACCGGAAUGAGGCGGAAUACAAUGUUGGACAACCCGGGACAGAGAUUUUUUACAUGCCAGCCAUGACAGGAACAGGGUUAAUCAGUUGUAGGAGCCAGGCGGUCCAAGAAAACCCCAGUUCCAACAUGGGGCUGGAGGCCAUUAUCAGAAAGGCUCUCAUGGGUAAAUAUGACCAUCGGUGGGACGAGCCCGCUCCUCUCAGUGCCAAUGCUUUUAACCCUUUGAAUGCCAGCCCGAGCUUGCCCGCUGUUUUGCCUGUAACCUCUGCUGAAGGACAGAUUGAGGAGAUGCAUUCUUCCAUGCCAGGAGGGGGGAAACCAAAGGCUGCCGCCCGCGCUAACAGUCGGAAGGCCAGAUCUCCAGCACCCGGCCUGUCCUCCACCAUUGAGAGGCCACCAUCCGCUUCGUCCGUUCACUCCGACGGGGACUGUAACAGGAGGACACCUCUAACCAACCGGGUUUGGGAGGACAGGCCAUCAUCCACAGGCUCAACGCCGUUUCCAUACAACCCCCUGACGGUGAGACUUUCCACGGGAGUCGUGACCGGCCCUCCACCGCCCACUGCCACCGUUCUGCAGGGAAACUCCGGUACCCAGAACCACGGCUGGGAAGAAGAGCCCAAACCUCUAUUGGUUUCACAGUACGAGACCCUCUCGGACAGUGAAUGAGAAGAAAGAAGGCCGCGACGGGAAGGCCCAUGGACAGAUGGAUGUGGCGGCGAUGGAACGGGUCAGGGCUGGGGGGAUUCUGGGAGCUCGUCUCCUUCAGACCAGCUCGCCAGAGCUGUCUUGGGGUGGGGGUGGGGGAGCCUUUUUGUUUAAUUUUUUUACGACACCUGGAAAGAGGGUAUAUUAAAAAAAAAAAAACCACCACAACAAAAGAAAGCGAAUAGGUUUUAAAGCCUUAAAAACCAACCAGGAAAUGGAACCCACCACCCAAGUCCAUUUGGGAUGAGGGCCAAGAGGGGAGGGGGUUUGAGAUGGCCAAGUCUACCAACACUCAAGGAGCUUUUUCAUCUCCUGCAUCCGCUUUGUCCUUCAGCCCAGCAGAGGAAAGAGGGUGAAGGAAGAGUGUUGGGCUUGGUCAACUCUUGGCGAGGGUCACUUUCCGGUAUUGGUCCCAAGUACCUCCUUGAGACGGGCUGCUCACCUGAUACUUGAAACCCAGAUCAUCCAGCCCCUUUUCCCUGUAUCUCCUUGUCUUAGCCUAAUGAGGGACCGCCGUGGUGGAGCUGUGGAGUUGUGGGCCAUCUAGAGAAGAUGACUCGGGGCGACCCAAUGAAUUAGAGAUCUCGUUGCUGGUCAUUUGAAGCAGGAGGGUAGGGGUGUAGUUCUUGUUCUGUGCCCCUGAAGGCUGAACUUCGAACACGUCAGAAGCAGGUAGCCGGAACUUGGGGUGCAGAAAUGGACAGAAAACCAGAAGAGAGCAGGUUGUUUGGGACAGCGGGGAGAAGAAAUUGGAAUAUCCGUCAAGAGAUGAUUCCUCUAGACGUUAGGGGGUUGACUAGGGAUGGAGAGCACAAGAGGCCGCUGUGGAAAUGGCACCAAACUCUCAAAACGCUUCUUUGGGUAUCAUCUUAUAGCAGUGUUUCUCCACCCUGGCCCCCUUUAAGGCGGGCGGACUUCAACUCCCAGAAUUCCCCUGGGCUGGGGAAUUCUGGGAGUUGAAGUCCACCCAUCUUCAACGGCCUGAGAUUUGAGAAACACUGAUGAACACAGGGUAUAUUUUUGUUACAUUUGGGGCGGGGGGGGGGGGGGAGGGGAAAUGAUGCCAGAUUAUUUCAGAGGGUUAUUUUUAAUUCUCGGUUUUGUGGGGCGAGGAAGGACUCUAAAACAGUGUUAUAUGCUGCUUUUUUUUGGUCGCUACUCUUGUACAAAAGAGGGUUUCUAUGUUGGCGUGCGAGAUAUUUGAGCUGUUUGUCCAUUGUAUGGAAAUGUCAAGAGGGAAACCAUGAUUUAGCAAAAUGGUUCUGUAAUUCAGUAGAAUAUAUUAACAUAGCUCUUUCAUUAAAAAAAGAAAUGUGAAUAUAUAUAUAAAUAUAUAUAUAUAUUAAUGCAGACAAACGCAUACAAACACACACAGAUACACAUUCACACAUAUCAUUUCCAGAGCCUUUUAUCACCUGUAAAGCAAGGCAGACCAUCAUAUUUUUCAAAAAUAAAAUUGUCUCUGUUGAGAAGAAUAAGAGAACUUGCAGGAAAGUUGAAAUAGGUAGUUUUCUGAUCCCUAGGCAAUGUGCUUAUUCAAUUGGGGCAGGGGUGCGAUGAGAGGGUCCCUUCCCCCACUUUUAACUCACACAAACCACCAUGACUAUAAUUCAAAGUGAAUAUUCUCGUUUUGCCAUCUGUUUUUCUUCCUUUCCUUUCCCUUUUAUACCCGCAAACAGUGAAUCUCAACCUUGUAUGACUUGAAGUUGUGUUGACUUCAGCUCCCAGAAUUCCCCAGCCAGCCAUGUUGGAAGUCCAUGUUUCUUAAAAGUUGUUAAGAUUGAGAAAUUCUGCCCUAGACUGAAUUCUUGAGGCCAAGAAUCCCAGAGAGUUGAGUCUUUUCUGGAGCAGACAAGAGCCAUAUUGGCAUAGCUGAAAAAGGACAUUAUCACACCGUUGAUGUCGCCCGGUUGGUUUAAAUUUGUUUCUACAAGUGAAGUUUGCUUUCCCAACCAUUUUACUUCUAACUCAUCCUCUUCAUUUUCUCCUUAUUGAUGCAGCUGCUUGUUACAGUAUAUUAAACUCCGGCAUGCAUUAUUAAAUGUUUGCAAAACUGGCUUAUGUAAAA